AUGAACACCAAGAAGAAAGGGAGCCCCGCGCGGACUCACUCCAUGAUGUCCCUGUCCGUGAGGCCACAGCGCCGCCUGCUCAGCGCCCGGGUCAGUAGGAGCCAGUCCUUCGCAGGCGUCCUCGGCAGCCACGAGCGGGGGCCCAGGAGUUUCCAGGCCUUCAGCCCCCCGGGACCCCCACGUAAGCCCCCAGCGCUCGCCCGGGUAACUAGGAUGUUUUCCGUGGCACACCCAGCCCCCAAGGUGCCACAGCCAGAGCGGCUGGACCAGGUGUACGCUGCACUCAAGCGGGGCCUGACGGCCUACCUGGAAGUGCACCAGCAGGAGCAGGAGAAACUCCAGAGGCAGAUAAAGGAGUCCAAGAGAAAUUCCCGUCUGGGCUUCCUAUACGAUUUAGACAAGCAAGUCAAGUCCAUUGAGCGCUUCCUUCGACGGCUGGAGUUCCAUGCAAGCAAGAUCGAUGAGCUAUAUGAGCAAUACUGUGUUCAGCGGCGUCUCCGGGAUGGUGCCUCCAACAUGGUUCGUGCUUACACCACUGGGUCCCCAGGGAGCCGAGAGGCCCGGGACAGUCUGGCUGAGGCCACUCGAGGGCAUCGGGAGUACACAGAGAGCAUGUGUGUGCUGGAGAGUGAGCUGGAAGCACAGCUGGGCGAGUUCCAUCUCCGGAUGAAAGGGCUGGCUGGCUUCGCCAGACUCUGUGUAGGCGAUCAGUAUGAGAUCUGCAUGAAGUAUGGGCGUCAACGCUGGAAAUUACGGGGCCGCAUCGAGGGGAGCGGGAAGCAGGUGUGGGACAGUGAGGAAACCAUCUUUCUGCCUCUGCUCACGGAAUUCCUGUCCAUUAAGGUGACAGAACUGAAGGGCUUGGCCAAUCAUGUGGUUGUGGGCAGCGUGUCCUGCGAGACCAAGGACCUGUUUGCUGCCCUGCCUCAAGUUGUGGCUGUGGACAUCAAUGACCUUGGCACCAUUAAGCUCAGCCUGGAAGUCAUAUGGAGCCCCUUCGACAAGGAUGAUCAGCCAUCAGCUGCAUCUAGUGUCAACAAGGCCUCCACAGUCACCAAACGCUUCUCCACCUAUAGCCAGAGCCCACCAGACACACCCUCGCUGCGGGAGCAGGCUUUCUAUAACAUGCUGCGACGGCAGGAGGAGCUGGAGAACGGAACAGCGUGGUCCCUGUCAUCUGAAUCUUCAGACGACUCCUCCAGCCCACAGCUCUCAGGCACCGCACGCCACUCCUCUGCCCCCAGGCCCCUGGUGCAGCAACCUGAGCCCCUGCCCAUUCAAGUCGCCUUCUGUAGGCCUGAGACCCCCACCACUGGGCUCAUGAAUGAGGAGAGGACUGUGGCCCCAGUCCUGGCCAAUGGGCAUGCCCCGUACAGCCGAACACUGAGCCACAUCAGUGAAGCCAGUGUAGAUGCUGUCUUAGCAGAAGCUGCAAUAGAGACUGUUGGGGUGGAAAGUUUAGGUCGAGCACCUAGUCCAUCUGCACUCCCAAAUCCAGCCCUUGGGGAGCUCCCUGCCCUGGACCCUAGUCAUUCCACCUUAACACCAGCCAUCAGUACAGUAGGCCCUGCUCACACUUUUCCAGAGCCUGCCCAGUCUGAACAACCAGAUCCAGUUCAUAAGGCCCCAGAAGAGCCAAGCCCCAGCCACACUGCUAUAAUCUCCACCCAUAGUGCCAUAAGCACCUCCCACAGUGCUGUAAGCCUCACGUGCUCUGCUCCAGGCUCCACCCGCAACCCUGUUCACAAGCCAGUGCUCUCUACACCCACAACUACAGGCCCUACCACCAAUACCACAGAGCAGGUCGAGACUACCACAAGCCCCUCCCAUAAGCCAGUGCACCCCAUCCACACAGCCCUAGGCCCCGCCCAUGUCAUGUCAGGCCCCGCCCACUCUGUCACAAGCCCUGCCUAUGCUGCCCUGAACUCUGUGCACCAAGCUAAGGUGUCAACUCACACCACUACAAAUGCAACCCCCAAUGCUACAGACCUGGUUCAGACUUCCAUGACCACAGGCCCUACCACCAAAACCCCCCUUAAAACUCUGAGCCUUUCCACCUCUCCAGAUUUUGUUACUCUUCCCAGCUCCUCUGUGCACAAAGACUCCAACCUCCCAGGUACCAACACCCAACCUCGUGGCCAACCCACCUCCCCACUCUGCACUCAGGCAGACCUCACAGCCCCCAUCACCUCCUCCUUGAGCCCCCCCUGUUCUGAUCGGGAACCCCACACAAGCUCUGCCCCCGAGUCCAGCCUUCAGAGCUCAAGUCCUCCACCCUCCCCUCUAGCCCCCGCCCCCCAGCAAUCAGACCUUAAUGUGGCCACAACUACUCAGUCUCCAGUCCCAGAGGCGGCGGAAGGGGCUGGGGACAAAAGGCUGGAAGAGGCUCUAGGAGCUUUAAUGUCGGCCUUGGAUGACUAUCGAGGCCAGUUCCCAGAGCUGCAGGGCCUGGAGCAGGAGGUGACCCGGCUAGAGAGUCUGCUCAUGCAGAGGCAAGGCCUAACCCGAAGCCGGGCCUCCAGUCUUAGUAUCACUGUGGAGCAUGCCCUGGAGAGCUUCAGUUUUCUCAACGAUGAUGAAGAUGAAGACAGUGGUGGUCCUGGGGACAGGCCCCUGACCAACCAGGAGCCCACGACUGAGGACAGCCUAGACUCACCCCGUGCCCAGCCCCUCAGCACAGGCUGUCUAGCUCUGGAUGCUGCCCUGGUCCAGCACCUGUACCACUGCAGCCACCUCCUGCUGAAAUUAGGCACAUUUGGGCCCCUGCGCUGUCAGGAGGCAUGGGCUCUGGAGCGGCUGCUGCGGGAAGCCCGAGUCCUUGAAGCUGUGUGUGAGCUCAGUGGGCGAUGGGAGACCCCUGCCACCUCUGCCCAGGAAGUGGUGCAGUUCUCAGUCUCUCGGCCCGGCUUCCUGACCUUCUGGGACCAGUGCACAGAGGGACUUGGCCCCUUCAUCUGCCCCGUGGAGCGGGUGCUCCUCACCUUCUGCACCCAGUACAGUGCCCGCCUCUCCCUGCGCCAGUCAGGUUUGGCGGAGGCUGUGUGUGUCAAGUUCUUAGAGGAAGUGCUGGCGCAGAAGCUGCCUAGGAGGCCCCAGCCAGGCCCUGGCAAGCAGCUCACUGUCUUCCAGUUUUGGAGUUAUGUUGAAACUUUGGAUGCCCCCUCCAUGGAGGCUUAUGUGACUGAGACGGCUGAGGAGGUAUUACUGGUGCGGAAUCUGAACUCAGAUGACCAAGCUGUUGUGCUGAAGGCUCUGAGGCUGGCGCCUGAGGGGCGGCUUCGUAAGGAUGGGCUGCGGGCCCUCAGCUCCCUGCUAGUUCAUGGCAACAACAAGGUCAUGGCUGCAGUCAGCACCCAGCUCCGGAGCCUGUCACUGGGCCCUGCCUUCCGAGAGAGGGCCCUCUUGUGCUUCCUGGACCAGCUCGAGGAUGAGGAUGUACAGACCCGAGUGGCUGGCUGCCUGGCCCUGGGCUGCAUCAAGGCACCCGAGGGCAUUGAACCCCUGGUAUACCUAUGCCAAACAGACACAGAGGCCGUGCGGGAAGCUGCCCGACAGAGCCUGCAGCAGUGUGGGGAAGAGGGACAGUCUGCCCACCGACGGCUGGAGGAGUCCCUGGAUGCUCUGCCCCGAAUUUUCGGGCCUGGCAGCAUGGCCAGCACGGCAUUCUAACUACCCCCCAGGCUCUCAGUACCCCUGUCCCCACUUUCGGGGCUUACUAGGCAUUGGCAGGGAGGGUGAGGGCUGGCUCUGGAUACCCCUCCCCCCAGAUUCCUUUCAAUGAAAAUCUAAUAUAUUCUGUUCCCCUUGGGGUCUGUGGAGCCAGAGCCUGCAGUCAAGUGCCUCCCAGCCUGGGCUCAGCAAACCCCUUUGCCACAAACCACUGUCCAGAGCCUGGUCACCCUGCCUCUGCCCCUACAUCCCUUGGUUUUGUAUAUUAUUUACAGAGUUUUACAUAAAAUUAAAGCAAAAUGCCUUUC